AUGUGGAACAUGCGCCGUCAUGACUACGACAGCGCCGCUGAGUACGUCGAGGCCUGGAGUGACCAGGUUCAGCAUUGCCGCCGUCUGGAUAUUGGCAUUGGGUACUAUGUGGCAACCAAGGUCAUGUUGGAUGAGCUCGAUGAGGAGUACCCGGUCAUAACAACCUUUGUGAACCGCGAAAUUCGGGAGCAGGACGAGACUGCCCACGUUAUGGACUGGGUCAACUUUUCUACAAUUGUGAAUGGUAUGAUGGGCUGUAUCCUGGCUAAGGAGAACCCCUGCCGCACUCCGUUGGAGUGA